CCCGUCUCUUUCGCCUCCCCUCGCGAAGCCAUCCAACACGCCCGUACCAAGAGAUCUCUCGAGAUAACACGGUGGCAUUGUCGCAACGGGCCACGCUACAAAUCCUUAAUUACAAAAAGGAGGAUCGGGUGACUCCGGCAUCCAAUACGGGGGUCUCCAGGCGGCGAGGGGUCUUUGAUCAAGAAAAUCCAAUUAUUUGUGUAUAUACAUUUCCCACAUAGUGAUUACUUCAUUAAUUGUCCCGCCUUUAUCUCCACCCUUCCCAUCCCCCCUAAUAAUCAGCCCUUUUAUCCAGACCAACAAACACACCAUAGGAGCUUUGUGGAUUCAAAGGAUUUGCUUCCCCCUCUCAAAGAGCCGCUAUUCUUUGAUGAUUGGGCAGCGGCAAACUUCAAAGUAAUAAAUCUUACUCCUGACUGGCUGGCGGCCCACCAAAGUCCUUAUCAAAUCCUAAGAAGUGAUCCUUCAGUCCUCAGAUAGUCCAAGGAUAUCUUGAGGAGAGGAAGCGCCGGGGCUACACUUUUCCAUGCAUGAGAAGAGGCUUUUUUUCCCUGUCAUUUUUAGCAGCGCUCUGUAACCUUCUGCUUUGAGACUGUUGUGGAGAAGACAGGAGAAGGAGAAGGAGAAAGUUAGCCAUGGCAGCAGUGGCUGUGCUGAGGAACGAGACUCUCCAGGCGUUUCUGCAGGACCGUACACCCAACUCCUCGCCGGAAAACAGCAAGCAUUCCCCUCUGGCGCUGCUGGCAGCUACGUGUAACCGGAUCGGCCACCACCACGGAUCCAACCCGGCGGACUUCCUCCAGGUCCCGUACGACACCACGCUCGGCUCCCCGUCGCGGAUUUUUCACCCAUGGAGUAACGAGGCGAGCCCUCAGUCCGCCCUAUCCGGCAACUCUUCGUUCGGACUAUCCUCCAAAUCUCAACUCUCGGCGCACCUGCAGAGCUCCUACGCGUCGCACCAUGAGCUCCCGCUGACCCCGCCGGCCGACCCCACGUACCCGUACGACUUCUCUCCGGUCAAGAUGCUGCCCUGCUCCAUGCAGUCCGCCUGUCCGCCCACCUACGUCCCGGCCGUAACGUACGCGGCGCCCACCCCGAUUCCGUCCGCCAUGCCGGGUUUCGUGGCGGGACACUCGGGCCUGGUGCACCAGCAGCAGAGACAGCUUUCCCCCAACCCCGGGGAGGACAUCCCGUGGUGGAGCCUCCAGCAGGGCAACCACGUGAGCCACCCGUCGUCGCUCGCGCCUCACCGCUUCCCCCUGCAGAGGAGUCUGGUUCUGGGGCACACGGACUUCGCGCAGUACCAGAGCCAGAUCGCUGCGCUCCUGCACACCAAGUCCCCCCUGGCCACGGCCCGCCGGUGCCGCCGCUGCCGCUGCCCCAACUGCCAGUCCUCCAGCGGCUCCGGCGGCGACGAGCCCGGAAAGAAGAAGCAGCACGUGUGCCACAUCCCGGGCUGCGGAAAGGUGUACGGCAAGACGUCGCACCUCAAGGCGCACCUGCGCUGGCACUCGGGCGAGAGGCCGUUCGUGUGCAACUGGCUGUUCUGCGGAAAGAGCUUCACGCGCUCCGACGAGCUGCAGAGGCACCUCAGGACGCACACCGGCGAGAAGCGCUUCGUGUGUCCGGACUGCUGCAAGAGGUUCAUGAGGAGCGACCACCUGGCCAAGCACGUCAAGACCCACCAGAACAAGAAGAGCAAACCUCACGAAAAGUCCGCGGAGCACCACGUCAAACGAGAGGACACGAGACACCUAUAAAAAAAACUCUAAAUAAAACACAGAAAAUAAAUCACAAGGAAGACCGUAGACUAGUGCAAUACACUGCAGAGGACUCCCAGUCUGCCCAGUGGAACUUUCUCCAUCAACCGAGGAGUUGCUUUCUUCUCAACGCUCAAAGCGACGCGCUAUCUUGGAACUUUUGUUUGUCCGUUUUUUUUUUUGGACUUGUAAAUAAUAUUUUCAAGUCAGUUUCAGUUCUCAUAGGGACUCUGAAGGACGUUUCGCCUCCCUGUGCUGCCCCCAUACCACUAACAAGUUUUGAACUUGUGUUAAGAUCUCUGUCUUCGCUGGAAGAUCUCGCAUUCCUGUAAAUAUAUAUUUAAUAGCUUUUGUUGAAGGAAAGUGUCAGUUUUUCGCUCCUUGUGGGGUGUUUUAGCAUGCUACUCAGAACCAACUGUUAAAUAAAUAAAUUGCUGUGUGGAAAUAAAGAGUAUAACUUGUUCAUCCACUUCAAAAAGUUGGCCUCAUGAACAGUAAGUGUCGUUAAGCUUGUAAGUGUUUAAAAAAAAAGAAAAAAACUGCUUAGAAAUGUUGUAACCCUUGUAAAAAAAGAUAUAUAUACCUCCAUUAGAUGGGAAAAAUAA